AUGCUGCGCGUGUCGAUGAUGGCUUCCGGGGCGGAAAUCGCGACACUUUGCCCGGAAGAGGUAGAGGACCUCGCCGCAGCUUGGGGAAGCUGCGUGGGGGCACUGAAAGAGCAUUUAGAGCUCUUGACAGGUCACCGGCGAUUUAAGCAGCGGCUAUUGAAGGAAGGGUCCAUCUUACGGGAUGAUGCUCAACUGAGUGUGCCGAUGUGCUUGGAUCUGAUCAUAUUGACCUAUUGCACUCCGACCCCACACCAUGUAAAAACUUUCUGUGAGGCAAUUGCAAGCGAUAAUUCGCAGGUUGUGGAGGAAUUCCUCCAGCAGCCUCAUGAUCCGGAUAUGACUCUCCUGCAAGGUAAGGCAGGCUUGUCACUGGCUGCUGAUUAUGGCAGUCUCAGAUCUGCCAAGUUGCUCUUUGAAGCCAGAGCUGACUUAAACCGAGCCGAUGAGGCUCUCUCUCAAAGCACACCGCUGCACUGGUCGUCUGCAAGGGGUCACCUUACGACGGCUCGCUGGCUGCUGAAGUCCACUGCAGACGCAACGAAGGCAGCCGCGGGUGGCGUAACUCCCUUACAUCUGGCAUGUACGCAUGGACACCUGGAGAUUGCACACUGCUUGGCUGCAGCUGGCGCUGACAUAGACGCAGCUGCAGAAGCAGGGCAGACACCAAUUCUAGCAGCGACUUCAUUUGGACAUCUGGAGCUGGUGCAAUGGCUAGUGGAGUCUAAUGCCGAUGUGACCAAAGCGCUGAAAGAUGAAGGUCUGACAGCUUUGCACGUAGCUUGCAUGCACGGGGCCGCGGAUAUCGCCUGCUUUCUCGCCAUGGUGGACGGUACCCUUGCGAAUGCAGCCGCCAUGGACGGCGUGACACCUUUACAUAUUGCGAGCGUGCAAGGCCACGUCCGGAUCGUAUCCGCUCUUAUCGACAGUAGGGCGGACCUCGACCUUGUGUGUCGCACGCCGUCGUCGACGCGCAGUGCUACGGCGCUGGCGACGGCUCGGGAAGCCGGGCAGGUUGAAGUUGCACGCUUGCUGAUGGAGGCUUCGGCCUCAAAGCCAAAGCGACGGCGAAGAGCGCCAGUCCAGAUCAUUUCGCUCGACUAG